AUGGUCGCGCUCGGCGACGCCGACGCGCGCCUGGCGGCCCUCGAGGCGAGGAUCGAGGAGCUCAGCGCCCAGUGCAGCUGGGGGCGCGAGCUCGAGGCGACGGCCGCCGACGGGGCGAACCUCGACACGAUCUGGCUCAUCGUCGGCGCCAUCGGCGUCUUCUCCAUGCAGAGCGGCUUCGCCAUGUUGGAGGUCGGCACGUGCGCGUCGGACCACACGAAGGAAAUUUUACUAAAAAACAUCGUCGACAUCGCCAUCGGGACCAUCUCCUGGUGGGCGCUGGGCUACGCCCUCGCCACGGGCGCCGACGCCUUCUCGGACACGGGCAGGAACGGCGUCGUCGGCACGUCGGGCUUCUUCUACCUGGGAAACCGCGACACGACGUACGACGGCAAGCUCGCGGACCAGGCGUCCUGGUUCUUCGCGCUCUCCUUCGCGAACACGUCGGCGACGAUCGUGUCCGGGGCCAUCGCCGAGCGGUGCAAGCUGUCGGCCUACUUCCUCAUCUCCUGCGCGGUCACCUCUUUGAUCUACCCCGUCGCGGCGCACGUCGCCUGGGACGACAACGGCCGCAUGUCGCCCUACCGGGAGAAGCGGUUGGCCUUCGGGUGCGGUCUGAUCGACUUCGCCGGCAGCGGCGUGGUCCACAUGACGGGCGGGCUGUCCGCGCUCGUCGCGGCGUACUUCAUCGGCGCGCGCAACGGCCGCUACACGUCCAUGGGCAACCCCGUGCCCAUGCGGCAGCAGUCCGUCGUGCUCCAGACGUUGGGCACGCUGACCUUGUGGAUCGGGUGGUUCUACUUCAACGCCGUGUCGACGCUGUCUUCGGACCGCGCGGGGCUCGCCGCGCACUGCUGCUUCAACACGAUCCUGGCGGGGGCCGCGUCGGCGCUCACGACCGUGGUCUGCGCCAACUACGCCCAGGGCUACGUGGACCCGUCCGUGUGCUGCAACGGCAUCCUCUCCGGGCUCGUGGCCAUCACAGCCGGUUGCGCGACGUCGAACGCCGCGGGCGCGUUCAUCACGGGCGUCGUCGCGGGGCCCUUGUACCUGGCGUCGGUGUUCGUGGUCGAGUCCGUGCUCAAGGUCGACGACGUCUGCAACGCCGUGUCCGUGCAUUUCACCAACGGCGCCUGGGGGCUGUUGGCCGCGUCGCUCUUCGCGACGCCCUGGUACUACGACGCGGCCUUCGCCACGGACCGCGGCGAGCGCUGCGCGGGCGUCUUCUACGGCGGCACGGGCUCCUCGCUCGUGUCGGCUUUGGUCUUCGCCGCGCUCAACUCGCUCUGGGUUCUAGGCCCCAUGAUCGCGUUGAUGUACGUCACGGCGCGGACCAUCGGCGCGCGCCAGGAGCACUCCUGCGACAUCGACUGCGAGAUGGACGGCUCGAAGCACGGCAUCCUCAACCUGCUCCCGCCGGGCACGCUCGACCUCACCGAGGCCGCCGCGGACGCCGCGGACGCGCGGGAUUUGCGCGACCUCGGCCGCGCGCGCCCGGGCGACGUCGAGCUCGCGCCGUCGCUCCGGGGCGAGGAGAAGGACGACCCCGUCGAGCUCACGGACCAGCCGGCAAACCUCGAGCUCCCGCCGCGCGCCGCGUGA